CGCCUGCGUUGCACCUCCCCCUGGCGGCCGCGGGUGGUAGCGGCGCUGCGGCGGUGCGGGCAGGCGGCGGCGGCAAGAUGGCGGGGAGGCCUAUGCAAGCUGCAAGAUGUCCCACGGAUGAGCUGUCCCUGACCAACUGUGCUGUGGUGAACGAAAAGGACUUCCCAUCUGGGCAACAUGUCCUUGUGAAGACCUCUCCCAACCACAAGUACAUCUUCACCCUGAGGACACACCCCUCGGUCGUUCCCGGCAGCAUCGCCUUCAGCUUGCCCCAGAGGAAGUGGGCAGGGCUCUCCAUCGGGCAGGAGAUCGAUGUGUCCCUGUACAGCUUUGACAAGGCCAAGCAGUGCAUUGGCACCAUGACCAUCGAGAUUGACUUCCUGCAGAAGAAGAACAUCGACUCCAACCCCUACGACACCGACAAGAUGGCAGCGGAGUUCAUCCAGCAGUUCAACAGCCAGGCCUUCUCCGUGGGCCAGCAGCUUGUGUUCAGCUUCAAUGACAAACUCUUUGGCCUGCUGGUGAAGGACAUGGAAGCUAUGGACCCCAGCAUCCUCAAAGGGGAGUCUGGAGCCAACAAGAAGCAGAAGAUCGAGGUGGGCCUGGUGCUUGGGAACAGUCAGGUUGCCUUUGAGAAGGCUGAGAACUCCUCUCUCAAUCUGAUAGGCAAGUCCAAGACCAAGGAGAACAGGCAGUCCAUCAUCAACCCCGACUGGAACUUCGAGAAGAUGGGCAUCGGGGGCCUGGACAAGGAGUUCUCCGACAUCUUCCGCAGGGCCUUCGCCUCCAGGGUCUUCCCCCCCGAGAUCGUGGAGCAGAUGGGCUGCAAGCACGUGAAGGGCAUCCUGCUGUACGGGCCCCCGGGCUGCGGCAAGACGCUGAUGGCCAGGCAGAUCGGCAGGAUGCUGAACGCCAGGGAGCCCAAGGUGGUCAACGGCCCCGAGAUCCUCAACAAGUACGUGGGGGAGUCCGAGGCCAACAUCCGCAAGCUGUUCGCCGACGCCGAGGAGGAGCAGAGGCGGCUGGGGGCCAACAGUGGGGUGCACAUCAUCAUCUUCGACGAGAUCGAUGCCAUCUGCAAGCAGCGCGGCAGCAUGGCCGGCAGCACGGGCGUGCACGACACCGUGGUCAACCAGCUGCUCUCCAAGAUCGACGGCGUGGAGCAGCUCAACAACAUCCUGGUCAUUGGAAUGACCAACAGACCUGACCUGAUUGAUGAGGCUCUGCUGAGACCUGGGAGGCUGGAGGUGAAGAUGGAGAUUGGGCUGCCAGACGAGAAGGGUCGGUUCCAGAUCCUGCACAUCCACACGGUGCGCAUGAGGGAGCACCAGCUGCUGGCUGAGGACGUGGACAUCGCUGAGCUGGCUGUGGAGACCAAGAACUUCAGUGGGGCUGAGCUGGAGGGGCUGGUCCGGGCUGCCCAGUCCACUGCCAUGAACAGGCACAUCAAGGCCAGCACCAAGGUGGAGGUGGACAUGGAGAAGGCAGAGAGCCUGCGAGUCACCCGCGGGGACUUCUUCGCCUCGCUGGAGAACGACAUCAAACCGGCUUUUGGAACCAACCAGGAGGACUAUGCCAGCUACAUCAUGAAUGGCAUCAUCAAGUGGGGUGACCCAGUGACCAGGGUGCUGGAUGAUGGGGAGCUGCUGGUGCAGCAGACCAAGAACAGCGACCGCACGCCGCUGGUCAGCGUCCUGCUGGAAGGCCCCCCCCACAGUGGGAAGACAGCCCUGGCAGCCAAGAUAGCAGAGGAGUCCAACUUCCCCUUCAUCAAGAUCUGCUCUCCCGACAAGAUGAUUGGCUUCUCCGAGACAGCCAAGUGCCAGGCCAUGAAGAAGAUCUUUGAUGAUGCCUACAAGUCUCAGCUCAGCUGCGUCGUGGUGGACGACAUCGAGAGGCUGCUGGAUUAUGUCCCCAUUGGGCCUCGCUUCUCCAACCUGGUCCUGCAGGCUCUCCUGGUGCUGCUCAAGAAAGCCCCUCCCCAGGGCCGCAAGCUGCUCAUCAUCGGCACCACCAGCCGCAAGGACGUCCUGCAGGAGAUGGAGAUGCUCCACGCCUUCAGCACCACCAUCCACGUGCCCAACAUCGCCACCGGCGAGCAGCUGAUGGAGGCUCUGGAGCUGCUGGGUAACUUCAAGGACAAGGAGCGCAGCACCAUCGCCCAGAACGUCAAGGGGAAGCCUGUCUGGAUUGGCAUCAAGAAGCUGCUGAUGCUGAUAGAGAUGUCACUGCAGAUGGAUCCUGAGUACAGGGUGAAGAAGUUCCUGGCGCUGCUGAGGGAAGAGGGCACAGUCCCCACCCUGGACUGAAGCUGGACCAAGCGCAAGAGAUCAGCUGGAAGGUGACCAACCCGGAAAGGCUCCCUGGGACCUGCGCUCGUCCUGCUGGACUCAGUGAAGUGCUGCCCUCGUCCCGACAGCCCUGCCCGGGACCUGCAUGUGUAGUGCCCUCAGCAUCUCCACCCCUGUCCCAGUGCCCUGGUGUCGUGUGUGGCUCUCUCCCGGCGCCCUGCUGCUGGCCCUCUGCAGCCUCUGCAGCACAGGCUGCGGCCUCCUGCGCGCUGGGCGCGGGCAGUGCCCCGCGGGCUCGCAGCGUAACCCUCCCCUGUGUGCAGCUGCCCUGGCAGGGCAGAGCUCCUGGCUCCUGCCGGCUCCAGCUGGCUCCUGCCGGCUCCUGCCUGCUCCUACUGGCUCCUGCCAGUUCCUGCCUGCUCCUACUGGCUCCUGCCCGCUCCUACUGCCUCCUACUGGCUCCUGCCGGAUCCAGCCAGCUCCUGCCUGCUCCUACUGGCUCCUGCCCGCUCCUGCUGGCUCCUGCCGGCUCCAGACAGCCCCUGCCUGCUCCUGCCUGCUCCUACUGGCUCCUGUCAGCUCCUGCCGGCUCCUGCUGGCCCCACAGCCUGAGCUGGAGGCAUGCCCAGGUGCUGCUCUGUCCUACCUGGUCUGGUGGUCACCCCACAGCUCACCCAGCACCGAGCCAGCCCACGCCCUGCAGCCAGUGCCCACCAGGUGCUGUCUGCUGUGCUCCAGCAGCUGCGCCGUGGCCGCAGGGCAGAGGUGGGCUGCAGGGGCCGGGCUGGGAAGGCAGGGGCCUGCUGCUCAGAGCAGAGGCAGCUCCCAGGUGCAGUGCUGAAGGCUUUGGAGCUGUUAGCUCAGCACCAGCCCCGCAGGAGCUGAGUGCAGGCUGAAGGCUGCUGCUGGGCGCAGUGCAGGUGGAGCCUCCUCGGAGCCUUUUUCCCUUUUCCAGCUUACCAAAGGUUGAGUUCCUGCCUGGGGCCCGGAGGGGCCCGGGGCUGCUGGCCAGGUUUUUGCACUGAAGUCAAGGAAUGUACCAGGCUGUGCUGUGUGCCCCGCCCCCAGCAGCCCCCUCCUGGCACCGAGGUGGCGAUGCCGGUGCCAGGCUGCUCCCCUCUGCUCCCUCAGCUCCAGGCCAUGGUGAGCCCCACGGAGCACCCCUCAGGUGGAGGUCAAAGCCAUGGGGGGUCACUGUGGCUUCCCCACCCUGCACAGAGGCUGCCAGCUGCGCCCAGCCCAGCUCCCCGGGCAGCUCCCCGUCCUGCCAGCCCCAGGGGAGGUGCCCCAGCCCCACUGCAGCUGGUUCCCCCCCCGUGGCAGUGCUCUUGUGUUGUGCUGACGUCGCCAGCCCCGCGGUGGUUCCCCCUCUCCUUCCCUGUGCUCUCGUGGGGUCCUGUGUUCACUUCUGUCCCCUGCUGCUCCCAGCCAGGAGCACUCCGCAGCAGCUCUCGGUGUCAGCCUCGUGUCUGCCCUCCGCUGUGCUCCAUCAGCAGCCGAAGCUGCGCACUCAGUGCUCAAUAAAGCACAACCUCUGGUGGCGA